AUGUCUCUCCAAAACUCUGUAUGUUACAUGAUGGCUUUAAUUCGAGAACAUCGCCUUCCGGGCCGCACCUGGGUGAACGACAAGCGGCACCAGUGGUCGGGCUGGGACUACGGGCCCUCCACGCUGGCCGUCGACGGGAACCUCGACGCCAGCCUCCGGUCCUGCUCCAUCAUCGACAACUACUACGUGGACGAGCCGGUGUGGAUGGUGGAUCUGGGCAAGAGGAAGGCCAUCCGCGGGCUCGUCAUCCUCACGUGGCAGGAGGGGCGCGGUCAAGACCAGCAGACGCUCUACCGCGACUACGUGUUCGGCCUCGACCGCCUGACCGUGUACGUGGAGAACCAGGCCAGGAUCGACUCGCCCAACUCGCAGGACCACAAGAAGUGCGCCUCCGUCACCAGACUCAACAACGCCCUCUUCAGAGAGCGCGUCCACAUGGAGUGUCCGCAGCCGAUGAAAGGUCGCUAUAUUUUUACAUCCAAGGGCUGGGGCGUGGCUAACCGCUGGCAUAGAGUCUUCUCCCUCGUCUUGUGCGAGGUCAUGGUCUACUGAGAGAGAGAAGGAGAGAGAGAGAGAGAAGAGAAA